AAUAUUGCAACUGUUGUUAAUGUAAUACUUAGCGAAUAUCAUACCUGUUAAAUUUGUCGUUAUACAAAUUGCUUGACAAAGUUAUAUCCUAGAUAUUUUUUAGCACUCCAAAUUAAUUUGACAAAUCAAAAUCUAACGUUUAAAUGUAAAAUGAAAUUGUUUUGGCCCAUUAUCUUUAUUAAUAUAUAUUAAUUAAUUUUUUACAUAUCUGUCUGCGAAAGGGGUAUAUUUUUAGUUGAGGCUUCAACCGUAGUUCUUUAAUUUACAAAGAAAGCAUACAUGCCGAUGCUGUUUUAAUUUAGUUGACUGUGAUGUUAAUAUAGUUUUUUCGUAUUUAAAUAUUUUAAACGAUGGCUUGAAAUCGCUGCCUUGGUUUACAGAGCCUGUUGGAAAUUCGUUUGGCCUACUUAAUUAGAUCUUUCUGGCAAGGUUUCCAAAGUCAUUAUUUUCAAAAUAAAUAAUUCAUUUUCGGCAGAAUCUUAUUUCAUUCACAUUUGUUAUUUUUCUUAAUAGAUUAACGUGUAAAAUUCAGAACUGUUUGCAAUGUUUCGAGCUGGCAAACUAUGGUGCGUUGCGGCAUUACUUUCCACGAAGGAUUCGAGUUCAUUUCUCCUUCGCCAGAGGCACUGCAUCCAUUUUGGAAGCUUUCUUCAGCAGGGUCUGGUCAGGCGUUCCAUGGCCAUGCUUUCGGCUACCGCACAGGUAACCGGCGGCGGUAAACAGAAUCAAACAAGCCACGAACCGACUAUCCCGAAGACCGGCGCUGGCUCUACAACGGCAUGGCCGCGAAAAAUCUUCAGUGGAAUCCAACCCACCGGCUCCCUGCACUUGGGCAACUACUUGGGCGCGGUGCGGCGGUGGGUGCGGCUUCAGAAUGCCCACGAUGACGUGACCGUCUGCAUCGUGGACAUGCACUCCAUCACGAUGCCUCACAAUCCGCCGCAGCUGCGUGAGAACAUCUUGAACUUGGCCGCCACACUACUCGCCUGCGGCAUAGAUCCCGCGAAGAGUACCUUCUUCGUCCAGUCCGCCGUUCCCGAGCUCUCCGAGUUUAAUUGGAUCCUAAGCUCAUUGACUGCCAUGCCGCGUUUGGCUCAUUUGCCUCAGUUCCGGGAGAAGUCUCGCCUGAUGAAAGAUGUCCCGCUGGGCUUGUACGUGUAUCCGGUUCUCCAAGCAGCAGACAUAAUGCUUUACAAAGCAACCCAUGUUCCUGUGGGUGCUGACCAGCUGCAACAUAUCCAGUUGGCUCAGCACCUGGCUAAGACUUACAACAGUCGGUAUGGCGAGACCUUUCCUGUGUGCGAGCCAAUGGUUGAGAACGGGGAGGUCUCCUGCGUUCUGUCCCUCCUAGAUCCUGGCCAAAAGAUGUCAAAAUCGAAUCUUAAUGGCAUAAUCAACCUGACUGACUCACCCGACCUAAUAAAAAAGAAGAUAAACUCAGCGGUCACUGACUUCGCCUCGGAUAUCUCUUAUAGUCCCGGAAAGCGCCCUGGAGUUAGCAACCUGAUAAGCAUCCAUUCUCAGGUCACAGGACAGACUAUCAAGUCGGUGGUGGACGAGGCCAGCACUCUAGAUACGGCCAAGUACAAGGAGCGUGUGGCAGAGGCCGUUAUUGAGCACUUGACCCCGAUUCGAGAGCUGAUUCAUUACCAUUUGUCAAAGCGCAAGGAGGUGAUAUAUUUGCUGGAAGUGGGAGCGUCAAAGGCCCGCCAGCAGGCGCAGCAAACAUUGAUCGAUGUGAAGCAGCGCCUGGGACUGGGCACCAGUGUCAACAUGCCAGCAGCGGUAACGCUGGCACCGCAGCAGGCUCCAGAGGUGUCCAAGACCUCGGCCAGCAGACUGAUGUCCAAUAGUACCGAUGUUAAUGCCUUUGAGCGACACAAGCGGAUGUAUGGUUUCGCGGAGACUUCGAGUGGUCCCGCAGAGGAACCAGCCACCGAGGAGUCGGCACAGGAGAUGACUCAACCAAGGGUCCGGCGAAUGGUCCGUCGCCAGCCCAUGGUGCCAGCUCAGUCCCUGCGCGUUGAAAAGCAGCUGGGCAGCUCCCGAAACCGGCAUGUUUUUAAAAUGGAUAGCGGAAAUGCGCCGCAUAUUGGAUUUAAACUUCCUCCGAAAAUGGCGGCUAACUUGACUUCCGGCGGUCUGACCAAGGAAAAUCCUCGAAUGGCUAAGCCAGUCCCUGACAGCCUGGGUUCGUUCAAACCUGGCCAAAAUGCGGUACCUAGUGCGGUGUCCGUGAUUGCUCGCGAAGUGAACGCUCCCAGGAAGCAGGAGUUCACUUGCAACCUGGCCAACAGUGGUUUCUAUGCCCCGCCCCUUAAUGCGGAGGCAGAGGACAACGAGGUUAUCCUGCUCGGACACCAGAAGAAGGAGACGACCGUCGAAGAGGAGCGGCACGAGGAGUCUGAGGAGGAGCUGGAGUGGGAGAAUGCCGAGCGAAAGGUUCCCGAAAAGUCGAAAGUCUAGAAUAGCUGCUGGGAAAUAUUGCAAUAGUUUUUAAGUGUAGUCCUACCAUAAUUAUCCAAGACCAUUUCUGCAAGGUACUUGGUUUUUAAGUUUAGCUUCUUGGAUGCGUUGGUUGUACUGUAUGACAAUUUUAACCACAAAAUCUAUAAUAUCAAAGUCAAACAUCUAACAA